GCCGUGAGUGACGUCAUUUCGAAGUGCCGGCAGUGAGCGCUCAUCAGCGAGCAUGUAGAUUUGAGUCAAACAUUUACGUACAUUUAAGGGAUUUGAAGUUUUCAUUCUUCAAAAUGGCUGAUUACUGGAAAUCACAGCCGAGGAAGUUCUGUCAGUACUGCAAAUGCUGGAUCGCGGAUAAUAAACCCAGUGUCGAGUUUCACGAGAGAGGAAAGAAUCACAAAGAAAAUGUGGCGGCUAAAAUCGCAGAGAUUAAGAAGAAAAGCGUGGCGAAGGCCAAGCAGGAACAGAAGAUGUCAAAGGACUUUGCAGCGAUGGAGGAAGCGGCUCUGAAGGCGUAUGAGGAGGAUCUGAAGAGACUGGCGGGUCAGUCGUCAGGUGAGAGUGUGGCUCCGUCCGAAGCUCGGUCUGAAGCUCCUGUUAAAACACAGAAGAAACACAAGAAACAGCGAGCGAGCGUCCCGUCAGAGAGCAGCAGCCGCGACCGGAUAGACGUCUGGCUGAGAGGAACCACGGGCGACGGCCUGGAGUAUUACUACAACACCGUCACUGGAGAGUCUCAGUGGGACAAACCGGACGGGUUUGUGGACGAGAGCUCCCCGUCGGCCAUGGGACAAACACAGGAACCGUCAAGCGGUGCGUGGAUUGAGGCCGUGAGUCCUGAUGGAUACACAUACUACUACAACACUGAGACCAGCGAAUCGAGUUGGGAGAAACCGGACGACUUCGGUCCAGAGGACAUUCGUCCUCCUGGUGUUGAAUCUCCUCGUGCGGAGACGCCAGCAGCAGAAGAUCCGUCUCCUCCUCAGCCCGAGUCUGUGUCUGGAGCCGAAGACACGUCCGACCCUCCUGAAGACGCACCAGAACCCGACGAAUCCAAACAAACCAGUGUCCCCAAGAUCAGUUUCAGGAAAAGAAAAGAAGAGACGAUCCAAACAUCAGCGGACGACGGAGAAGAGAGAAGCUCAGAUGAAGGAGGAAACGGGGAGGAGAAACGGGAAGCGUCGGCUGUGACUGACUCAGUGAAGGAGGACGAGACGCCCGUGAAGAGACCCAGAAAGACCAAUCCAUACGGAGCCUGGGAACAAAUCCAGCUGCAGGAGGAUCCAUACGAGAAGGUGGAUCUGCAGCUGCCGCAGGUGGAAAGCGCCGCUCAGACUCCGGCCGACGUCCCACCGGAGCCCAGGCCCAGAUUCAAGGAGCGCACCAUCACGUCCCUGGGGGCCGAGAGCAGCGCCGGAGCCACGUUCAAGAAGAGGAAGACUGAGAACGGCAAGUCCAGGAGUCUCCGGCAGAGAGAAACGGACGAGUAGAAGUUUCUCCAGGAGACUAUAAGACUGAGACGACGUUACAGCAGCGUCAGAGUCUUCAGAGCUUCUUCGUUUUAGAAUUUUUGUAUUUUAUAUAUUAUUGGCAGGUGAUUGCCUUUACCUGCUUUAAAAAUACUUUUUUGUGAAUAUUUCCAGGGAUCAGUUUUUGGAUGUUUUUCCGGAUGUCGUGGUGUGCGCGAGUGUGUCGUGUGUGUUUUAGAGGAUCUGUAACUGUUGACACGAAGAAUCAAAGCCAUAGUUUAAUGAAACGCUUUCUAUCUUACAGAUAAAUUGUUCAUCUCGAGUCACAUUAAAACUGUUUUUGCAUUAAAACUGCA